CUUCCCGCGGUUGCUAUGCAACGCGUCUCUAACCGCUGUGCUGCGCGAAAGCAUAAACAAUACAAACUCUGCAAACUGUCGUAAUAAUUAAAUAUAUCUGAUAGACAAAAGCUAUUUGGUUGAAGUUAUUUAACAGAGACUCCGGCUGUACAGCGAUUAUCGAGAUAAAUGGAGAGUUAUGAGCAGUUUUACAGCAGGACAUUGAACGCGCUGCUGCCGCCUGCCUGCAGUACCUCGCCGCGGCCGCAGAGGGCGCUGUCCCACAUUCACUUCCGCGGCAGGACACUCUUAAAGCCGCUGCUGAGUGAAGCGCUGCGUGUUCAGAUGGCUCAGGACAGACAGACAGCGCUGGAGAGAGACAGGAGGAGACAGACGAGACACACAGAUGCUCUUCUGGAGCGAGUGCAUGACAUCCUCAACAACAUCCAGGUGCAGAAGAAGCCGGACAGUGCAGAGACGCCCACAUCAGACUCCUCUCUGACUCUCAGGUCCAAAACGAGUCCGAUGUGCUCCAUCAGAACCAGCGUGAGGCCGAGCACAGCUCCAGCCCAGAAGCAGACGCUCAGUCCCAGCAGCUCUCUGAAGAGAGAGACCCUCCGCCUGCUCAACCAGCGCAUGGAGAAGCUGGCGUCUGACGAGAUCCCAGGAUCCCCUGAUUCCAGUCUCUGUCUCAGUCUGAUGGGCUCAUACGCCCGGUUACCCAGCCCUCAGCCCAGCCGCAGCCCACGAGUGAACGCAUCCGUCAGAAACAUCCUCAUCUCCAGCCCCGUCAGUGAGUCUGAGCUCAGCACUACUGGAUCUCAAAACAGUGAGCAGCCUUCAGCUUUCACAGCACCUUCACCGCCCUCUUCUGCUGCAGGAUGGAACUGCAGCGAUGGACAGCUGUCAAUCAUUACCUCCACUCCCAGCAGCAGGACAGGAAUGACAGGAUUAGAUGAAACACAAGAUGUGAGCUGUGAGAAGCCCAGACCGGCCCGUCGCUCACCCCCGGCGCUCCUCAACCGAUCCUAUGAUGUGGAAAACCCCUCGCCAUCUCUGAACAGACCACAGGUGGAUUCAGUCGAGCCGUACCUGAGCCGAUCAGAGACAGAACGACACUCACAGCGGCUCCUGGAUCACCAGCUGAACCCUAAAAAGCUCACUGGAGUGGAGCAGCAGAUCCAGGCUAUGGAAGUGUUGCGUGAGCGUUUAGAGAGAGAACACACUCUGCAGAUCUCACAGGAGAGACACACACACUUCCAGCAGGAGAUCCAGAGGAAGCUGAACGAACACAGCAGCCUGACCUCAUCGAAACACACUUCACACACACAGGAGGUGUGUGUGGAGCAGAUGAAGCCUCUCUGUCGUCUCACUGCUGUGGCUCGAGGUUUUCUGACACGCAGACUCCUACAGACGGACAAAAUCACACACCUGCGCAAAACCAUACAGGACUCCAGAGAUUUAAUCCGCUCCUUCCAGACGGACUCCUCGCUGAGGAGAGUCUCCAUCUCCCAUCAGGAUCUGUCCUUAUAUCAGCGCGUCACAGCUCAGCUGCGAUCAGCGCUACAUGACGUCCAUCAGAUCUUCACUGUGUGGCCAGUGAGAGACAGACUGAGUAUACUACAGCAGGAGCGAGAGAUCCGCAGAGAGAGGGCACUCAGAGAGACGGACAAAGACGGUUCUGGAAACACACGGAUCCUGUCCUCGGUCACUCUGAAGACACUGGACAGGAAGGCUCAGAGGACAGGAAAGAAGACGAAGGUGAUUCCCAAGAGCUCAGCGGCGAGGAGUGCGGUGAAGAAGAGAGACGAUUGUUUGGAAGUGAGACGCAGGAAGUAUCUGUCUCUGGGAUGAAAACACACACA